GACCCCCGUGUGCGCGAGUUGAAGGAUGAGUUCGCCGAUUUGAGGGAGAGUUAUAAGGCACCGAAGAAUCCGGUUGUUUUGUGCCAUGGCUUGAUGGGCUUUGACAAACUGCGACUGGCGGGGAACUGGAUUCCGGGGAUCGAAUACUGGCGUGGAAUCUCAGAUUGCCUCCAGGCCCGUGGGGUGCAGGUAAUCGUAUCGACAGUUCCGCCGACGUCGACGAUCGAGCAGAGGGCCGAGGCUUUGGCGGAAGGGAUCAGGAAGGCAGGUGGCGUCGGGAAGAGUGUUAAUUUGAUUGGUGGGAUCGAUGCCAGGUAUAUGAUCAGUAUACUCAAACCGACCGACUUCAAGGUGCUGUCUCUCACGACUGUUGCCACUCCUCACCAUGGCUCAUCCUUCGCCGACCGCAUGUUUUCCACUAUUGGACCGCAUAACCUACCCCGGAUCUACCGUGUCCUUCACAAGAUGGGAUUCCAAACCGGCGCCUUCUCACAACUCACCACGAAGUACAUGGACGAGACCUUCAAUCCGGCCGUCCCCAACGACCCCAACGUCAGCUACUUCUCAUACGGCGCCACCUUCGCGCCUCAAUUCUACAACAUCUGGUACGCACCGCACCGCGUAAUCCAGGAAACAGAGGGUCCGAAUGACGGGCUGGUAUCCGUCAAAUCGGCAAGGUGGGGGACAUACGAAGGGACCUUGGUGGGCGUCAAUCACCUCAGCAUCAUAAAUUGGGUCAAUCGUGUUGGAUUCGCGGUGGGCAAUUUGAUCGGCGUGAAGAGGGACUUUAAUGCGCUGGCAUUUUACUGCGCUAUUACUGGUGAGUUCUUCUUGGGGUAGUGG